CCAAACCCGGUAGUUCUCACUACCUCCAUACACAACGGUGUUCCAGCACCACAAUUGGUAUCUACGCCUCUUUCUUGGGGGCCCACUAUUGGGUCCGACGCUUCCGCUUCUGAGGUCGCAAUUCUGCGAUUCUCCCAGCCUGCCUAUGGCGCUGCACGGCCACGAGGACGAGGAGCUGUUUGACUACGACGAGGACGACUUCGAGACGGCCGGAGAACCGUCCCCGGAGCCUCCGACUGUUGACGCCAACGGCGAUACUGAUAUCGCCGACGUCAAGGAGGAGGAGAACGCCGCUGCUGGGCUCUCCACCCCGUCCGUCGUGCUCCGCUGCCGUUGCCACCACUGCGGCCAUCCCGUCAGCGUCGCUCUGAUCGCUGCUGAGACCGCUGUGACUACUGGAGGCAAUGAUGGUGCUGCUGGAGGCUCUGAUGGACGCGUGGCGACUGGAAGCCGCGAGCUCGCUGCUGGCGCUGCGCCGCAGCCGGCUGCCGACCUAAACGGCGCUGCGUCCCCUCCGGCCACUGAUGACGCCGGCAUGGAGACGGAGGACGAGGACAACCGUCCUACCCCUGCACCCAAGCGCCAGAAGCGCGCUGACGGCUCUGGUCCGUCGGCCGCUGUGACCGAGAUCGCGGAUGGCUCUCUGCCGUGCCCGCCGCGCACGUCGGACGAGACAAAGUUCGGCGUGUCCGAGGCCAUUCUCAAGGCUCGCAAGGUGGAUGGUCUCUGCUUUGUCUGCGGCAAGCCUGGUCACUCCGUCAAGGCCCACGUGGGGUACGACAACUGGCGGACGGUGGUGCGGAAGGGUGGUCAGGGGGGCCGUGGCAACGGUCGCGGCGGUGGUCAGGGCGGUGGUCGCGGCAACAAGGGGGGUCGCGGCGGCGCCGCCGGCAAGGCGGGUGGCCGCAAGUAGGGGGUUGCCCAGGGGAUUUGCGAGGAUGAUCCUGGGUGCGCACUUCUGAUGCGUUCUUUGCCCUACACCACUCUGAAGCACACUCGAGCUUUGCUACCUGCUGCAGUGAAGCGUAUCGAAGGCGCUGUUGGGCGCGAGCUGACGUUUGACGGUCGCCUGCGGCGUGCUGGCUUCGGUGCCGAGUGUAAUCUUUACGAGCU